CGCUCUGAGAUCGCAGUGAUGGUGAGCAAGAGGCAGAAGCUCGCGAGGAAGCGCUUCAAGGAGGCCAAUCCUGAGCUCUUCCCGAAGCCCGAGCUCUCCAAUCAUGGCGAUUCCACUUCCAGGAAGAAGAAGAAGAAGCGUAAUAUUAAGGGCAAAGUCCUGAAAACGAAGAAGAAUUCAGGAAAACACCCUUUUAGAGUUCCCGGCAUGAGGCCCGGCGAGAACUGCUUCAUCUGCAAGUCUUCCGAUCAUAUCGCUAAGCUUUGCCCUGAGAAAGCCAGCUGGGAUAAGAACAAGAUAUGUUUGUUCUGUCGGCAACGUGGUCACAGUCUUAAGCAAUGCCCUGAGAAGGACACCAAUCAUAACAAGAUAUGCUAUAAUUGUGGCGAAGUUGGCCAUUCUCUUCAUAAGUGCCCCUUACCUCGUCAAGACGGGGAAACAAAGUAUGCCGAUUGCUUUAUCUGCAAGGAACGUGGACACUUAAGCAGGAACUGUCCAAAAAACACUCACGGUAUAUAUCCAAAGGGUGGAUCAUGUAAAGUAUGCGGUGGAAUAGACCAUUUGGCCAAAAAUUGUCCAAACAAAGGCAACAAAACUUAUUUAUCUUCCACAGGACUGAAAAUUUCAAUUGGUGAUCGUGAUGGAGACCGGGGAACACAGCAUACAAUUUUUCAAAGUGGAGAUGAUCUUGAAGAUGAUUUCAUGGUAGAAGAUACAAAACAUGGGAAGAAAACCAUUCAGCAGUCACAAUCAGAAUUGCCUUCUUCUGAGCAUGUUCUUGAAGAGAAAAUUCUUGUAAAACAAAAGAAAAACCGAGGCCCUAGAGUAGUGAACUUCUUCGGUUGAUGCUCGAGGAAACUCUAAAGCAUAUGAUACCAAUUUUUGUGUAUUAUUAUUCUUGUAAUGUCCGGAAUUCUCCAAAGCUAUGUUGGUGAAAAUGGCAUCAACUUCAUGUUGUAUUUUUUUCCCCAGUUUUUGAUCAAAACUUGAACACAGGCAAGAUUUGCAGAAGGUUUUCCUUUGCUUCUUGUAUUUGGUAUUAUUAGCAGAAGCUCAAGCAAAUCUAAUUCUUUUA